AUGUUGCAAGGUGACAAUCAAGAAAACUACUUUGUGUACACGUGUACCAUCUCUCCUGAAUAUCUGUGUACAGCAUCAAGUGCAGGGUUUGCUAAGGAGUUUUCGGGUCAGUUACCGGAAGAACCUGGGGCUCAGUUACCGGAAGAACGUAAAAGAGGCUACUAUGUGCGACAUGUUGUAGCAGGGUGUGUUGUCGGAGUAACUGCUGCUGCUGCAACUCCAUUUGUACUCACUGCUGUAGGAUUUACAUCAGGUGGAAUAGCAGCAGGAUCCAUUGCAGCAUGCAUGAUGUCUUCUGCAGCAAUUGCAAAUGGUGGCACUAUUGCAGCAGGAAGUACAGUGGCUGUUCUGCAGUCAGUUGGAGCUGCAGGGUUAGGAGCUGCAGGUACUGCUGCAGUUGGUGGUGCUGGUGCAGCAGCUGGGGCUGCUGUUUCUGGUGUAGCAGGUUUCUUUCAGAAUUACUUUAGAGGACAUGGGGACUCUACAAUCAAGAAAAAGACAUCCAAUACAACACAGGAUGAAAAUAAUAAUGAUGAUGAUGAGGAUGAUGAUGAUGAUGGGGAAGGUGGGAAGGAUGGGGGAGGGGGGAGAGGGUAG